AUACUACUAGAGAGAGACGCCUCCCCUUCCCUUCCCUUCGAUUGCACUUCUCCCCCCUCCCCCCAACCCAAACCCAUCACCAAUUCGUUCGGCCCCCCGUGUCGCCUGCCCGCACUGGCCACGACCAAACCCUAGGCGCCGCCGCCCCCGGGGCCCCCAGGGCUGCUCGCUGGGAGAAGAAGAAGGAGGAGAUCGGAGGAGAUAGUCACAGGGAUUUAUGUCCCAGCGAGGGGACAGGGGCGAGGGGCACAGGAGACCCGGCCGGUCCAGCAGCUUCGGCGGCCACCGCGGAGGCGGAGUCGGCGGCGCGGGCAAGGGCGGCGGGGGCUCCUCAGGCCAGCCUCCCCUCUCAUCUAACCGCAGCUUCAGAAAGGCCGGCAAUGGCCACGGCGGGCACCAGAGGGUGGUGAGCCAGCCUGAUACCACCGGCUUCCAGCCUGCUCCGGCGCCCGUUUCCCACCAGACACCUACGCGACCUCCAGUCGCGCCUCAGAAUGCAGCAGCGCAUGUUCCCGUCCCUGCGCCACGGCCACAACACCACGAUCCACAACUAUCGUCAUCAUCACCUGCCAGCGAGAAGCCCGGUAAUGCACCAUUGCCAAAAGCUACCCAUGCUGCCCCCAGGGCACCACCUAAGAGCUCUAACCCCCCUGUUCCUCAGGGAGCAUCAAAAGGAGAAUCAUCCAAGGGAUUUAACUUUCAAUUUGGAAGUAUAAAUAUGAAUGGACUACCGCAAUUUCCUGCUAGGACAAGCUCGGCUCCCCCAAACUUGGAUGAACAAAAGCGUAAUCAGGCACUUCUUGAGGAACUUAAGGUUACACCUCCUGGUCCAAUGCAACCGGCUCCUAAACAGCAGCCAUCACAGCAGCAGCUGCACCAGCAGAAGCAGCAGCAGCAGCAGCAGCCACAGCAGCUAUUGCAGCAGUCACAACAGGUUCCCCAGCAACCACAACAGCAGCAAUCAAGAAAGGAUGCUGUUGGUUCCAGCCAACCAACCUCCGUCAACCCUCAUCUUCCAUCCCAAUUGAAAAGAGAUGUGCACGCUUCUCCAUCUGUCCCCAAUGUUGCAUCUCUUAGGCCUACUGUUCAACCAAUGCCUGGGGUGCAAAUGUCGAUCCCCUUUCACCAUCAGCCAGCACCAGUUCCAUUGCAGUUUGGUGGUCACGGUCCACAACUGCAGCCACAAGUUGUACCCAGCUCAUUACAAAUGUCAAUGGGAUUGACAGGCAGUAAUGCACCGCAAGUCCCGCAGCAGCUAUAUGCCCCAACUAUCCAGCACCAUCAAUUGCAACAGCAAGCAAUGAUGCAUCAAGGGCAGGGUAUGAGUUAUCAAUUCGCACCUCAGUUGGGUAACAUUCCUAUGAACAUACCCCCACAAUAUCCUCAGCAACAGCCAAAUAAGUUUGUUGCUCCUCGGAAGACUACUGUAAAAAUUACUCAUCCAGACACUCAUGAAGAGUUGAAGCUUGAUAAGAGGAUGGACUCUUCUGGACAGAGGGCUGCCCCUAAUUUGACAUCACAAUCCCAGUCCCAGCCAGUUGGUGGCUAUGCUCCUCAUAUUGGCUUCUUUCAUCCGCCAUCGAAUUCCUACAAUCAGUCUGGGAUUUAUUACCCUCCUACAACUGGUGUGAGCCAGGUUCCUACUGGAUCCUCGGGUCCUAGGUUUAAUUAUCCUGUCACUCAGUCUGGGCAAGCGAUUACAUAUAUGAGUCCAUCUGCAGGGCCUCCAGUAUCUGGGCAAUCCCAAAUGACAGUUAAACCACACCCUGGUGGGUUGCAGGCUGAAAAAUCUGGGACUCACCCGGUCACGAUAAGUGCGCCACCAGGUAAAUCUGAUGCCCCUAAGCUAAGGCCUGCUGAGGAUGCUCCGGCAAGUCGGCAGAAGGAUAGUGAAGUUGUGUCUGGGAUCACAGUUUCUAAUAAAUCAGCCCAUGAGAAGGAGACUAAAGCUCUGUUAGUCUCAGAGAAGAAUCCCACUGUGGUAAGCCUGUUGCCAACUGAAGGUACAAAACCACCAACUUCAGUGACUGCGAAUUCAGCCUUAUCUUUAUCUGGAGCUGAUCUGAAGAACAAAGAAUCCAUUCAAAGGAGUGGGUCAUUUAAGGAUAAUAAGAAAAUUGUCAUUAAAAAGGAUGCCAGAAAUUCAUCCGAACCACAACAUUCAGCUUCACCCACUGAAGAUGAUAGUGGUGAUCAUGUGGAAACUAAGAACCUGAACAAAGAGCUGGAUUUAAACAGCUCUUCAUCAGGCACAGCAGCUCCGGUACCUGAAAGUAGGGCUGGUACAGCUGAAGCUGACAGCAUACCAGUGAAUGCUGCUGAUAUUCCUGGGACAGAUAGGAGCUCUGCAACACCAACUUCCGAGGGUACCAGUGAGCCUCAAGGAGCAGAAAGCAUUGCUGUUUCCGCUGUUGAAUGUGAGGAAAGCAAGGGUGCUCUCAAAGUGACCACAGAUGCUAGCAAGGAUAAUAUUUCUUGUGAUGCCACUGAACGUGAAACACCUGAAGUAUGUGCAGUGACUUCCAAUACUGAUAAUUCAGAUGCAGCACCUCAUGAAACUGAUCAGGAACAGUUACCAAAAGAGUCGACACCGUCAGUACCUGAGGAACAAGGUAUGAUGAGUUCCUCAUCCAAGAAUUCUGAGACUUCAUCGCAUAUUCUUGAUGGCAGUGCUGUGGCUGUGACGACUUCCGAAACUUCAGAGCCUACUGUUCAAGGUGCCAGUGAUGGUGACUCAGAUAUUAGUCCGGAAACAGGCCCAGCUGCUUCAAAUGUUACUCAAAUUUCAUCAGAGGGACAACAGAAAUCUGAAAGUAUGUCAAGUGAUCAAUCAGUUGCUGCAACCACAGGUUCUGUUCGACCAGUAUCAAGGGAAAAGCCUAUUGUUGAGAUCACUAGGACAAAAUCCACUGCUGGGAAGAGGAAGAAGAGAAAGGAAAUGCUUUCUAAAGCUGAUGCUGCAGGGAUUUCAGAUCUUUAUAAUGCAUACAAGGGACCAGAAGAGAAGUCUGAAAUUAUUAGCACUGCAGAGGGAGCGGAUAGUUCUUCAACAGUUGAUACAACUCAUGUGCUGCCUGAUGAGCAAGAAAUGGAGGUCAGUUCAUCUGCAGAUGAUUCAAAGAAAAAAGUUGAGCCUGAUGAUUGGGAAGAUGCAGCAGACAUGUCUACUCCAAAGCUGCAAUCUGAUUCUGGAAAUCAGGCUGGCACCACAAAAGUAUUAGAAGCAGAUACAACUGAAGGUAACGGCAGGAAGAAAUAUUCGCGGGACUUCCUGUUGACUUUGUCACAGCACUGUACUGGUCUUCCUGUUGGAUUUCAGAUGAAUGAAGCUGUCAAUGCAAUAAUGAAUAAUUUAACAGGAAAGUCCUACGUUGUUGAUCGUGAGCCUCACCCGAGUCCUGGAAGGGGUUCCGACCGGCCAACUUCUCGUGGUGACCGCCGUGGUGCUGCCAUGGCUGAUGACAGGUGGACAAAAGGAGUACCUCUCAGUCCUGGUCGUGACAUGGACCUAGCAAAUGGACCAUCAAUUAUCAAUUAUCGUGGCGGCCCAGGAGGUAAUCAUGGUGUUUUGAGGAAUCCACGUGGUCAACCAGGUGGUGGGCUUCUUCUAGGACCCAUGCAUUCUGUUGGACCUCAAGUAUCUCGCAGCGGCUCUGAUGCUGAUAGAUGGCAGCAAAAAGGUCUGAUGCCUUCUCCUGUCACACCCAUGCAAGCGAUGCACAAAGCAGAGAGAAAGUAUGUUAUUGGCAAAGUUUCUGAUGAGGAAGAGGCGAAGCAGAGGCAAUUGAAAGCCAUUCUUAACAAGUUGACUCCGCAAAACUUUGAAAAGCUUUUUGAACAAGUCAAGGAAGUCAACAUUGACAGUGUAGCUACUCUUACAGGGGUCAUUUCACAGAUAUUUGACAAAGCUUUGAUGGAACCAACUUUCUGUGAAAUGUAUGCUAAUUUUUGCUUCCAUUUGGCUGGUGCCUUGCCAGACUUUAGUGAAGACAAUGAAAAGAUUACAUUUAAAAGACUGCUUUUGAACAAAUGCCAAGAGGAGUUUGAGAGAGGUGAAAGAGAAGAAGCUGAAGCUGAUAAAACAGAGGAGGAAGGUGAGAUUAAACAGACCAAAGAAGAGAGGGAGGAAAAGAGAAUCCGUGCUCGAAGGCGCAUGUUGGGAAACAUCAGGUUGAUUGGAGAAUUGUACAAAAAGAGGAUGUUGACGGAACGGAUAAUGCAUGAGUGCAUUAAAAAAUUGUUUGGAAAUUAUGAUGAUCCUGAUGAGGAGAACAUUGAAGCACUAUGCAAGUUGAUGAGUACAAUUGGAGAGAUGAUAGAUCAUGUAAAGGCAAAGGAGCACAUGGAUGCCUAUUUCGAUAUAAUGCAGAAGAUGUCAACAAGUCAGAAGUUGUCUUCUCGUGUGAGGUUUAUGUUGAGAGAUUCAAUUGACCUGCGGAAAAAUAAAUGGCAACAGAGGCGUAAAGUUGAAGGUCCCAAGAAGAUUGAGGAGGUUCACAGGGAUGCAGCUCAAGAAAGACAUGCUCAAUCAAGUAGGCUUGGACGUGGUCCAGCUGUUAGUUCCGUCCCAAGAAGAGGAGCACCUCCUAUGGAUUAUGGCCCCCGUGGCUCAUCUGCAUUAGCAUCGCCAAGUUCCCAACAGGGGAGCAUUCGAGGAAUGCCUCCACAUUCGCGUGGAUUUGGUUCACAAGACAUCCGGUUUGAGGAAAGACAUCAGUUUGACAGUAGAACUGUUCCUCUUCCUCAGCGUGCAGUCAAGGAUGAAGCUAUCACUCUUGGCCCACAAGGUGGCCUUGCUAGGGGUAUGUCUAUAAGAGGGCAACCGCCGGUAUCAAAUGCUGAACUUCCUUCUGUUGUUGACCACAGAAGGAUAGUUUCUGGUUCUAAUGGUUAUAACUCUCUGGCUGAUCGAACCUCUGGUAGAACACCAGCUUCUAGUCAAUCUGCUGGGCCUUCACAGAGGCCUGCCAGCCAGGAAGGCCGUUCAGGAAAUAAAUCAUAUUCUGAGGAUGAUUUGCGAGAAAAAUCUAUUUCGGCCAUCAGGGAAUAUUACAGUGCAAAAGAUGAAAAGGAAGUUGCCUUGUGUAUUGAGGAGUUGAAUGCUCCAAGUUUCUAUCCUUCUGUUGUAUCACUUUGGGUAAAUGAUUCCUUUGAGAGGAAAGACAUGGAAAGAGAGUUGCUGGCUAAACUUUUUGUCAGCCUUUGCAGUGGUCGACAUAAUUUGUUGAGCGAACGGCAACUCAUUGAUGGCCUUGCAUCUGUUCUUGCCUCAUUGGAAGAUACUUUAAGUGAUGCUCCAAGAGCCACUGAGUACCUUGGGAGACUUCUUGCAAGGUUUGUGCAGGAAAACAUAUUGUCCUUGCAAGAGGUAGGUAAAUUGAUUCAAGAAGGUGGAGAAGAACCAGGGUAUCUUGUACAAGAUGGUAUGGCAGCUGAUAUCCUUUGGGCAGUUUUGGAUUCCUUAAGAUUAGAAAAGGGUGAUUCAUUCUUGAAUGAGGUCAAGUCAAGUUCCAGUUUAAAGUUGGAGGAUUUCAGACCACAACAUCUUAAGCGAUCAAAGUUGGACGCCUUCAUGUAGUCAUUUAAGUAAUUCUUACUAGAUUACCAACUCACGGGUGCUGUCACGAAGCGGCUUACUUUCUCUGCCCCCAAGUACCUGCCGGCCUUUUUGAUGAACUGGAAAAUAUACCUCUGAUGCCGCUCCUAUUUGCUACCUGAUCUAUUCGAGGAGAUUGAAAGUGGGGUCACCCAUUUUUUUCAGAGUUGGUGCUGGUUUUAAGUUAUUGUUGCUGAAGGGUCAUCGUGGAUGCUGUGGCUUAAGCAGGUAGCUAGGCUCCCAUAAGAGUAUCAGGGAAUAUUUUUGUGAUCACGGGGAGAAGUCUGCUAACCAAUAUUUGUUGGUAGUCGGGGGAACUGUAGGUUGAACUGAUGCCUCCUGCAGGCUUCUGACCAUAUUCCUUUGUGAUCGGAAUUGAUAGUCGGUUAACUUAGCGGCAUUUUCCUGAUAGCCAAUGUUUCUCUUGACUGCCCGAGUAUGUUAAUCUUGUUUAAUUUUUGCUGUAAUUUGCUAUUUUUUUCUCUCGUUUCAUUACUGUGUAUUUAUCGUGGACCUGACGCCUCA